AUGGCCGGGCUUGUUGGGUAUGCAAGUUCUGAUGAAGAAGGAGAAGAUGAGCGGCCUCAAUUGCAGCAGGAGACUGCCCAGGUCGCCGCACAGGCAGCAGCUGCUGAGACUGAAAAGGAUGCGCCGCGAAUAAGUGAGCGUCUACAAUUCAAUGAGGAACAGAGCCCCAAAGAUGAAUCAGAGACACGGGAUGAGUCUUCAUCUUCACCGAAACAAGACUCUGAUCGCCACCCACCAACUACUAUCGGCCCCGUGCUCCAGAGUGCUGUUCCUCUGGGUCCAUCUCUUCCACCUGCCGACGCCUCCAUCACAAAUGCCCUCCCAGACCCGGAUGAAUCUCAAGAACCGCCUGCAUCUCCAUAUUCCGCAAACCGCGCUUUGAUACACGACCUCACCCUCCCCUCCGUACCUAAUCUUGACAUCCCGCCUUCGCCACCAGGGUCUCCUCCACUGGGGGCUAACAAGAAAGUCGAUCAGUUUCUGCAACUCAAGAAAAAAGGCGUACACUUUAACUCCAAGCUUGAGCAAUCUACUGCGUUAAGGAACCCUUCAUUAAUGGAUAAGCUACUGGACUUUGUCGGCAUUGAUGAAGUGGGCCAGUACGAGACGACGCUCCCAAAAGAGUUGUGGGAUCCAAGAGGGUUUCCAGAAUGGGCAUUCAGGGACAAGUUGAGCAAGAGCAGGGAAAAGAUUGCUAAAGAGAAGGAGGCGGAUAGGACCGGUGGUGGCAGAACAGCCAUUGAUUUUGUUGCGUCAAAUUCUUCAUCCAGCGGAGCUGCUGCUGGCGUGCCAGGAGGGCUUAACAGUAGAGGCGAAAAACGCAAAGGAGGCUGGAAAUGA